AUGCCUUUCCCGGCGAGAAAGUCUGUGUCACAGGCGUGUGACGCUUGCCGUCGACGGAAAAUAAGAUGCAACGCGCAGCAACCGUGUGCUGGAUGUCAAUCCUCGGGACUGGCUUGCACAUUCAUUAUUCCACAUGGAAGAGGUGGUAAAAAGGGUGCAAAAGCCACCGUUUUACAUGAGCUACGCACACAACAGAGUGACGGCCGGAUUGAACAACAGACCAGUCCGGAGAUCACCUCACCUUCGGCUUCCCCUCACCGACUUACAUGCCCAAGCAACGGAUCCCCCAGCUGCGGCACCUUGGACCCUGCCAUCGUUGAUGCGUGUAUCGAGGCUUAUCUACAGCGUGUGUACCCGGUGAUUCCAUUCCUGACCCGCGAGAUCCUUCAGAGGGAAGCUAGACAAGCUUCCGAAUCUCCGCUCAGCCGCCAAUUCCUGGCGGCCUUCUGUGCCUACGUCGUCGGCUUUGGGGGCGUCUUGAAUAACACCGUUCUACCUCCAUAUAUGCCCGAUUCGGAUUUGGGCAGGCAACUCCUUGAUGUAGCUCUCCGAUUUCAAACCGCUGAUCGAGUAACGACGCAGUCACCACAAGCAAUAUUCAUAUCAUUUUUCCUCUACGGCGCCUAUGCGGGACUGGGAGAGUACAGAAACGGCUGGUUCUACCUCAGAGAAGCCACCACACUUUUCAUGUUACAAAUGGGGGACUCCGAAGCGGACUGGUUCUCACCAGCUGUUUUCAGACGGUUGUACUGGAUUCUUGUGGUCUCGGAGCGUUCUCACGGUAUUCGCAAAAACCGUCCGAUAACUCUGCAACUCACCGCUGAAGCCCCUCGUCUUGAUGACCCAGAAGAGCUGGGGCUGCGCUAUCUCGCAGAUAUCUUCCGACCUUUUGAUGAGAUUUUCUUCGCCGUCUGGAACGGCAGUCGCCGGGACUGCAGCAAGCAAUGGCUUCUAGGUGUCGAAAACGACGUACGAACCGCUUUGCCAGAGACGCUCGACUUAUCCAAGGAACAGGUAGCGAACCUACGUGUAACACAGUUGUGGCUUCAGGUCAAGCUGUGGGAGCUCUUUCCCCGCUUCGGGUUUCUCUCCAGCGAGUCCGUUAAUGAGUGUUUGACGUUUCGAUACCCUAUAACUCUGGCACGGGAUUUGACAAUCCUGGCAAUGAAGCUUCCGAUUGGAGGCCUCCAAAUCCAUGGUGUUGGCAUGACGGAAAAGAUCUUUGACCUAGCGUGCGCGCUCGCAGACGUACUUCCUUUCGUAUCCUUCGCCGCAUCCCAGCUGGAGCUUGGUCCCGUCGACUACCUGGUUCAGACUACCUCUCUGCUGACGAAGUUGCCGGGCGGGUCUUCAAAGUUUGUUCCCUUGCUGCUGGCAAAGGUGAAUGACUUGUUGCCUGAGCUGGUAAAACCGGUCUGCGAAGCCAUCCAGCUACCUGUUGUCCAGAUGCAUCCUUUGAGCCCCGACUCCCAGUUUUUGUAUGAGCAGGAGGUCCCGAUGAACUUGUAUACCGACUUGAGGAGGGGUAAGUGA